AGAUGAGCACAUUGUGUGCGUAGGUGUUUUAGGCAAUGGAGAUUAUUACAAUGAUGAAGUGCCUGGGUCUUUGUGUUUUGUUGGUAGUUUUAGGUGUAACAGGGGUUGAAGUGGUUGAUGGAGCCGGGGAGUGCGGGAAUGUUCCUGUUAACAGAAUGGCCUUCAGGAUGGCACCAUGCGCUGCAGCAUCACAAGAUCCGGAGGCUCAGGUUUCAGCAAGCUGCUGCUCAGCAGUGCAGAAGAUAGGGAAGUCACCCACCUGCCUCUGUGCUGUUAUGCUAUCAGACACUGCCAAGAGUGCUGGUGUUAAACCUGAAGUAGCAAUCACCAUCCCCAAGCGAUGCAACCUUGCGGACCGCCCUGUUGGUUACAACUGUGGAAGUUACACAUUACCUUGAGAUGGAGGGGACUUCCAGUAACUGCUACUAUAUUGGCUAUUUACUCCAGCAAAGUUCCUUUUGGGUUUGAAUAAAAUGAUGGUUGCAAUGAUUCUCUCUUGUGUGUAUCCAAAGUAGUGUUUGUGUACUUAUGAAGACGUGUCGAAUAAAGCAUAACUACGUAUGGUGUGUUUAAUUAAAA